AUGGUGCGAAUCUUGAUUGAGAUAAGCCACGUGGUAAGCAAUGUGGCUUGUGAUGCCAGUGCUAACUGUUCAUUGAUUAUGGUCUCUAAGUUUACGCCAGAGGGACUAAUUUCAUUUGAAGAUGAUGAUUUACUAGGUCAAAUUCCUUUUUGGCGAUAUGGACAGAAAGUGAACCGAAGUCGUAGCUCCGAUGACAUAGAUCUGGCUUCUCAUUGUUUGCCCAAAGCUUGUCGAGAAGAAGUUCUGGCCGUGGAACGAGACCCCUCAACUACCCUUAAUCGGUCCUCUAUUGAUGAAAACGACCUCGAUCUAUUGGACGUCUCUUCUAAUCAGGAGAAGUUGAACGAAGGAGAAAACAAAGAAGAGAAUAUACUUGAUGCAUUUAUCAGGAGUUCCAAAAUUCCAAAAUUUAAUCAUGUUGCAUUUAUCAGGAUGCCAAGGACUCAAGAAUACCUGGAGAGGGACACUUUCAGAGCUCAAGAGGGUUUGAGAUUUGUGCCUUUUGCGAUGAAGCUAGAUCUCAAGAGGGAUGAAGACGAUGAAGCCUUCAAGACUAUGAAACAUUCAAACGAUGAACCCUUCUGCGAUGAAGCCUCUGGAGCUAAAUCUCCAGCUUUAUGUUGUGCCCACCACUUGUUUGAUGAAACGAGGAAGGAUAACAGAAGUCGCAAUUUGAGGGUAUCAAAUUCUUUCUUGUACAUAUUGAUCCAUGGUCCAGUGGUCACUUCCCACACCCUGAAAGCAUUUCUCUGGGGGACAGAGUGGUGUUCUACGGUGGUGAACCCAUGCGUGCAAAAGGCUGCUCUUUUUAUAUUUCGCCGCUUAGCCGUUAGCUUCAUCGAACCUCUCCCAAUUCUCUCUCUCUUUGCGGGUGUGAUAAGUUGUUCGGCCAUUGCUCUCUCUGUUCGUGUUUCAGCUAAAUCUCCAGCUUUAUGCUGUGCCCACCACUUGUUUGAUCAAACGAGGAAGGAUAACAGAAGUCGCAAUUUGAGGGUAUCAAAUUCUUUCUUUUACAUAUUGAUCCAUGGUCCAGUGGUCACUUCCAACACCCCGAAAGCAUUUCUCUGGGGGACGGAAUGGUGUUCUACGGUGGUGAACCCAUGGUGA